AUGGUGGAAUCCGCCUGCAUUCACUUUUACUAUCUCAUGUUCUGUCGUCUCAUCAGAUCGUUGAAACCGGCAAUUAGUAACAGCUUUUGUAGUAUUAUUGUUGUCUUUGAGACGGAAUUCUUCCAGAAACAAUUUCUGGAUUACUAUGAUCCAACGAUUGAGGAUCAGUACAUUCAACAUUGUGAGGUUGAUGGGAACUGGGUAAUCAUGGAUGUGCUGGAUACAGCCGGUCAAGAGGAGUUCUCAGCGAUGCGAGAGCAAUAUAUGCGAAAUGGUCGGGGAUUCUUGUUAGUUUAUUCCGUAACGGAGCGGAAGAGCUUAGACGAGGCCGUGAAAUUGUACAGGCAGGUGCUGCGCGUCAAGGAUAGGGCUGAGUACCCAGUUUUGCUCGUCGCCAAUAAAAUUGAUCUCACCAAUCAACGAGUGGUGACAGAAGCCGAAGGCCGCAGUUUGGCUGCAAGCCUCAAAUUGCCUUAUAUUGAGACUUCGGCUAAGGACCCACCAGUCAAUGUGGACAACGCAUUCCAUGAAUUAGUACGAAUUGUAAAGAGCUUUCCUUCAGACGAGGAUGAUGAAGAGGUUGGAUCUUUUCUGCAAUUACCUAUCCCGAUGUCUAUUUCCCUUUUCUCCCACCUUUUAACUUUAUAG